UGCGGUCCGGCCGCUGCCGGCGAAGCUGCGCGGGGCUCCUGCGGUGCGCUGUUCCGCUCCGUGCGGACGGCUAAGGCGGCACCAUGAAGAGGCGAGCAGGGGAGCGGGAGAAAGAACUGAAGAAGAAAAAACUUCUUGAAGAACUUGGGGAGAAUAGACUUCCAUACCUGACACCAGCUGAUGCCGAUUUCCACCAGCUGUGGAAGACCAAGUAUUCCAAGCUGAUUUUCAGGAAAUCCGAUACUGUCCCUGAAGAGCUCCAUCAAAUGGUACAAGAAAGCUUUCUGGCCUUGCGAGAACACAACUGUUUCUUUCAAGAUCUUGUAAGGAUCAAAGGAAAAGACUUUCUUACUCCAGUGUCUCGUAUAUUAAUUGGAAACCCAGGAUGCACUUAUAAGUACUUGAACACAAGAUUAUUUACAGUUCCUUGGCCUACAGAAAGUUAUGAUGUAAAAUAUUGCAGUCCUCAAAUACAUGAUGCUUGUAAAGCAUUAAUGAGACUUAAUGACUACUUGCAUAUUGAAACAGUCAAGGCAUUACAAGGACAAAAUUUGUUUGAAAACAAAGAAAUUAACGAUACUACUGUAAUAGAAAGGAAGCAAAGUUUUGCUACUUCUCUUACAGAGCAAGUGUCUGUUUCAAAAGAUCAAAGCAGUGUUUGUGUACCUGAGGAUGACAGAAGUCUAAAGAACAGAACAUCAUAUAAUUUGACUUUAUUAAAUUAUAUGGAUCCACUGGAAAUGCUGUACUUGAAACAAGAACCUUACUUUGGAAUGGGGAACAUGGCAGUGAGCUGGCACCAUGACGAGAACCUGGUGGAGAGGUCAGCAGUGGCUGUGUACAGUUACAGCUGUGAAGAUUCAUCUGUACAAGAAAGCAGCGAACAGGAACUGGAGGGAAGAGACCCAGCUGUUUGGCACGUGGGCUUGAAGGUGGCAUGGGACAUAGAAACACCUGGCUGGGCAGUGCCACUUCACCAAGGAGACAUCUACUUGAUGCUUGAUGACCUCAAUAUGACCCAUCAGCACUGUGUUCUGGCUGGUUUGUCACCUCGCUUCAGCUCCACUCACAGGGUGGCAGAUUGUUCAAGAGGAACAUUGGAAUACAUAUUUGGGCAGUGUGAACUGGCACUCCAGAAUUUACAGACUGAUCCUGAUUCAAUGGCUUUGUCUUUGAAAUCACUGGAAGCUGCAGUGGUGAAGCAAGUAGAAGAAAUACAUAAUGAGGUUGAAUUUGAGUGGCUUAGGCAGUUUUGGUUCCAAGGCAAGAGGUAUUUGAAGUUCACUGAUUGGUGGCUUAAGCCUAUGGCUAAAUUGGAAGAAUUUUGGAGAAAACUGGAGAUUAUGACAAGUCUGGUCCUCUCUGAGGUUAGAAAAGAGCAACAAAUUGAGGAACAAAGGAAUGAGACCAUCAGCUGCUUCCUGCUCCUUCUUAAGGAGAGACAAAAGCUGCGUAAAGAAUGGACAGCAAGGUGCCAGUCAGACGCAGCAGAGAGCUUGCCAGAAGACCAGAAACCAGAAUGCCAUCCCUUCUGGACAGAUGAUGAUGAAUGUAAUAUGCCUCUGCCAUAUGAUCUAGAAGAAGUAAUUGCUUAUCUACAAAAUCUUGUUCAAUGGAUAGAAUAACAAGUUACCUUCCAGUCUAGAAUUAUUGGUGCUGGUCAUCUGGGGAGAAGCUUUGUCGUUAUCAUAAAUCUUUUAAGCUUUAUGAUUUCUUGAUUGUAUGUUAUGUGUAAAUGCAGAUUUUACCAGUCUUUACACAGUAGCUUAGUCACUGUCUCACAAUAAAGAGUACCAGCCCCCAAAUUUAGAGAAGAGUGUGUUUUUUAACACCCGAAGUCCAGAACACCAGCCUUAGUUCCCUCCUCCUCCGCUCUAAUUCCCAUUGACCCUACAGCCCAGGGAUAUCUGUGUUUCAAAGAAUCACAGGUUGGGGCAGGUUGGAAGGACCACAGUGGAAUCACCUUGUCCAACCUCCCUGCUCAAGCAGAAUUGCCCAGGGCACAGGGCUGUGUCCAGACAGUUCUGGAGUGUCCCCAGUGAGGAGACUCCGCAGGCUCUGGCCGGGCUGUUCCGUGCUCGGGCCCUGCACAGCCAAGAACUCCUUGCUCGUGUCCAGGUGCAGCUUCCUGGGCAUCAUUCCUGCCCCUUCCUCCUGUCCCAUUGCUGCAAACAAGGGGCAGAGCCUGUUCCAUCCUCUGACACCUCCUGCAGAUACUGAGACAUGAGUAAUGUCCCCUCUCAGCCAUCUCUUCUUGAGGCUGAGCAGUCCCAACUCUGCAGUGUUUUGACACAUUCCCUUGGUAUCCAAAUUUCAGUUUCCAUGAGUGCCUAGAGCUGUCUCUGGUCUGGCAGGUUUGAGCAGCCCAAGGUGUAGCUCACACCUGUGCCAAAGCAGACUGCAUGAUCUGGGCAUCCUAAUGAGAGGCCAGCUUGGGGUGAGCCUGCUGGAGAUCUUCAGAACAGAGCUGUGGAUUCUCAAUCCAGUAACACAAAGGGGCAGGAGAUGCUGGAGCUACUCCUUUGUGCAGUGGCUCCUUCUCAGAGCUUUUUUUCAGGUGAGGAAUUCUGUAGGAGCAUUCUAACACAGAUCCCAAUACUUUCUUACUGUUUUGCCUCAUGGCAACAGAGUACUACUAAGAGAGAUUUCUGAUGUGAAUCUCUACUUCCUGGGCUCCCUGGAAUUCAGAAUUCAGUUCCUAAUCAUUGCUUUGUUUCUGCAUGUUAUGAAUCCUAUUUUGAGGUCAGGUUUCCCAGUGCAUUGCCUAAAGAGGUGAGGGACCUAAGUAGGACCUUCCAUUUGAGUUGUUUGGUCCCCUGAGAAACUAGAUUUAGAUUGCGUGAUAUUGGGUAUUUCAGCAUCAAGUGAGAUCUAUGAGCAUAAACCCAAAAACUAUGAGAAAUUAAGCGGUUUGUGAUGUUUUGUAGUAACUUGCUGUAAAAAGAACAAUUAUGUGUAGGAUGAUACAGGGUGCUCCUGAAUGAGAUAGAGUAUUUUGUUUUGGUAAAUUGCUAUUUUAUCUGAAUUGGUUGGACUGGCGUCCAACUUUGUCACAAAAAGCAGAAAAUCAUUAUGGUGAAAAAACACUCAGGCUGUAUUACCAAAGAAGCCAGUAAGGUUCAGAAUUUGACAUUGCCACCAAGAAAUGAAUAUGCCUCCUGUGUUAAUGUGGUGUUUAAAGUCUCUGCUGAGGCUGAGCUCACCCAGAACACACCAGCUUCUGUACUGGCAAAGAGCUGUGUGUGUGGAUGAGGCUUCUACUUCUGAAAAUUGUGCUUUUGACAGUAUAACAUAUGCCAGACCUCCCUGGAGCUAAGGAAGCUGUGCCAGUAAAAAUUCAGUUUUAGUGGUAUAAGGCUGUGUCCACACCUACCAGCUUUUGCCAGGACAAUUAUAUCAAGUAGAGGUUGUACCUCAUAAGACUUUAGGUCAAGCUGUGCCAGCAAAAGUAUAAAUACCUGAAUCAAGUGUUUCCAUCGUAGUCCUGGGCUUCUGUGAAAACUUUUAGUUAUCCUGUGGAAUGUAAAGAGUCUCUGAAGAAUAAGUUAUUACUUAAACCAGCAUUGAUAAUAUUACCAUGAUCCACACAUCUCUCUGUUGUCUCUUGUGCCAUAGAUUUCAUAACAUUUGGAAAUACUGCUAUGGGCAUAGCUUUCUCUUCCCUGCACUAGUUCAAGCUGGCUUUACCAGUGGCAUAUUUGGAUUAGUGCCACACUAAACACUGUUUACUUUGGAGAUCGCUUAGAGAAAAGCUAGCUGAAGAUGUGGGAAUUCUGCUUUUGAAAAGGCAGUUCUCAGAAACAGAUAUUGCUUUGGAAAUGAGCAGUAUGAAUUCAGACAAGCUAGUGAUGUAACAGUGUUAACACAGUGUUUAGGGGGACUGUUUGUUUAUGCUGUUAUGUUAUGAUUACUUUGUGUAUAAUUAAGCACUGCUAAAAUCCAUGGGGAUCACAGUAUUGAAAGGAAUCUGACCACCACAAAGGGUGGAGGAGGCACAUCAAUGGUGUACUUUGUAGCUGAAGUGGAGGCAAAGCUAUUAAAAAAUGAUUGGCAAAUAAUUAUUUCCAGCAGCAGUAAAAAUAAAACCAAACCGAAACAAUCCCAAACCUAUUAGGAGACUGCUGGCAGUAAUAACAGAAUUUUUAGAAUACAUGUUCCCACGUCUUGCCUAUGUUGGAAGAUUUAAGGUAGUGAAUUAGCUGAACUAGCACUAGUCUCAGUGCAGUCAGAUAGCACUUAUCCAAGCCAUGGUUAGCAAUGAUAUGGACAAAUGAACACCCUUGGAAUAAGACUGCCAAAAUACCAAUAAUCAAGUGGUUUAGGGCUCUCUCUUGCAUUCCAGUCUUGCAUCAUCUAAAUCAGUAUAACCUGAUUGUGCUCAGUUGAAAUGCAGAAGUAUGAGAAGAUUUCAUAUCUCCAAAGCCCACAGGAGUUGAUAGCAAUAACAUGAGUAAGAUGGUGGAACUAUUUGAAGCACACAGUAAUGCCAAAGGGUACCCCAACAGGAGAACACAGUUAAAGGUAAAUAUAUAUAAAAAAACCUGAGAGAUCAAGUAUAAAUUAUUGCUGUGCUUAGAUUAUGUGUUAGAAGCUGACAAUCUAGUUUGAAGAUUUCUAUUUUUUAUUCAAGUAGUUACAAUUUAGCUUGUUUCAAUGAUUCUUUAGCUAUCCAUUUAUAUUCCAGCAUUAGAUAACCCAUUUCCUUUUUGAAAGAGCUGGAAGACACAGCCUCUAAUUAAUGUUCUGUGUAUGGCAAUUGUUUGCUAAGCCUGGAUGCUUUAGAAGCAUGAGGACCAAGGUCAGGUUUUUUCAAGGAAGAGGUGAGAGCAUAAAUUAACUUCUGACAUUAAAUUCAGUGGUUCUUUUAAAAUGGUGAAGUUCACGAUUUUGCUUACAUUUACUUUUCAUCAGCCAGGACUGAAUUGAGGUAAAAUAGUUCACUUGCAAGUGUGUGUCAGGCUAAAUGGAUUGCAGAAGAUACAGAUCUGUUUGCCUGUCUGCACUUGCCUUUAGACAAUAUUCAUCAAUUUUACAAAAGCUACUGACUAAACAUGGAACCAGUACAAAUGAAAUGCUCAAGGCAAGGGCUUUCUUUUAUAAAUCUGAUACAGAGUUGGUUUUACACUGAUAGAGAGAAAAUGUUGGCAGAAAAUGAAAAACUUCUAUUGUUUCUGUAAUUUGGGGGAUGAAAGAUACAGACUGUUUUUAAGUAUUUGAUAGAAAACUGCUGUGUUAUGCAAUGUAAUUAGAGAUGUUUUUAUAAUACUUUGUUCAUAUCUGUGUAUAUAAAAAAAUUUUAUCCCAUAGGUCCUUUCUUCUGUUGAAAAGGUUAUGUAAAUAAAUAAAAUUAAUCUUAAUACAGUGGAUUUUAAAGGCAUAAUACUUAUGUUCUAAGCUUUACAGCAGGUUCUGAUUAUUUAAAGGGUAAAUAAGAAUGCCGUGAGUAAUCACUGACUGAAAACUGUGCAGGAUGGGUAAUAUGCCCCAUAAUAAAUAUCCAAAUCUGUUGUCUUAUUAUCAUCUGAAUAUGGUUUUAGAUUCAUGGUAGUGGUACAAGGAGCAAUAUAAAAUCAUGCUGGACUAAUUAAUACAGUGGGGCAGAUUCAGGGAUUCCAUUCAUGUCACAGCACAGAAAUCAAAAUAUUAUUAAACUCCAUCAUGAAAGGUGACUAAAAUAUUGUAGUGUGUUAAGAGUUGGCAUUGCUCCUUUCUCAGUUACACCUGUGCUGUUCCAUUCGUUCUGUGCAGUGCAGUGGAGUUUGGGCUGUUGGAUAUUAAACCAGGCUUAGGCUUGUGUCUAAGCUGGGCUGAGAGCAGGGUGAGAGAGGCAAGGUGGGAUGCACAGGAGACCCAAGGGAUGUGAUUUUUCAAGGCCACAACUUCAUUAACUGGACUCAUAUGGGAGUCAUUGAGCUCAAACUUGUACAGUGCAGGUCAGGAUCUCUCUCUUAAUUGUUACCACCUGGUGCAAAGUUAAUGUUGGCUCCCUAAACCCCUUCCUGCCCCUGACAGCCAGUCCUCAGCUUUCUGCUGGGAGCUGACCACUCUCAGCUCACACCAAGAUUACGGAUUUGGGAAGAGUGGUUAUUCCACUGUAGCAACAGGGGUGAGAAAAUCUCAUCCCCAGCUUCAGCCACCCUCUGUCCUGCUACAGCUCCACAGAUGGAGUACCUCCAAACAUUCUGCUUCUCAUUUGAGAUUCAAGUUGCUACAGCUCAUCUUCUGUCCUGUCCCACCGGGACAGUGAUCUGACACAGGGAAGGGCCAGACAAGAAAAAUUCUGUUUGCAUGAGUCUCCUCAUCAAAAACCCAUUGGACUCUCCGUAAGAGUGAAAAGUUCAGGACUACAAUAAUCUGCCUUUAGAGCGUGGGAGCUGCUAGGGAGUGAGGAAGGACUCUGGCCAAACCACCAGCAUUCAUUGUUCUGUAGGACUCACAUCCUGCCCUGUUCUGGCUCACCCCACCUGUACAGGCAGAGGCAAUCCUGAACAGAACCACUGCAGAGGCAAUCCUGAACAGAACCCGUUGUAGAGGCAAUCCUGAACAGAACCACUGCUCUCUGUCCUGUCCAAACUGACUCUUCACCUUCAGUGUGGCUGGGCUUGAACUUUCAUUUACAUUCAUCUGUCCUCUUCACCUUAGCCUGAGGGCAUUAAAUGAACAAGAGAAGAUAAUUUAUACAAUUACAAAAAGACUGUACAUAGAAAGGCUACAGAACUGGCUGAAUAACACAUAAAAUAAAAGCCAAGAAAUAACCAAUAAAAUUAGCACACUAAAAUGUUGAUAUUUAGGCACGGGCACUUCACAUAUUAUAGGAACUCUUGUUUCUCUUCUUGUUGCUUAGGAGAUAACAUUCAUAAUCCAAAAGGAUGUAUUAUGCUUUGGUUUACAUCCUCUAAAUCUCCACUGGUUUUACAGAGCUUGUCCAUGAUGAACAAGAAUUUGGUCACAAAAGUUGUUCUCCUCCCCCUCCCUAUCGUCAAAUACUUGCUUUCAUGCCAACACAUCUUGGUCUGAUUAGUCCCCUUGAUUACAGGCUAAAGCAAAAAGUCAGGUGUAUAAGAUUCCCAUUAUCCUUUAUUCCACUGCUUCUAAGAACAGGUCAGAUAGAGUUAUUUCAGUGAAAAUGUGAACAAUCAACUUCUGUUUACCAUUAACCUUCAGUUUUCUUUUCUUAAAAUCAAAUCAGGGCUUGGUAGGCAGUUAUUUUCAUACAUGUCCCUUGAUCAGUGGAACAAUCUGUCAAAAGCCAUUAAAGCCUCUAUUAGGUUGAAUUGCAUUCAAAGUUAAGCUCUCCGAUCAUUUGAAGGACUGUGAUGAUUGCUUUUAAUAUAGUAUACAUUGAUUUCUCUCUUGGAAUAGCAGCAUAACUUUGAAACUAAGCAGGUAUGACUUGAGCAUUUUGCUCUCCAGUAUGUUUUGAGAAGCUUUGUUUCUUGUGGAAGAUUAGUGUCUACAUUAAAAAAAGGAGAAAACAAAUGCAGUGAAAUCACCUCUUCAUUGUCACGAGUUUUAGCUUUUCCUAGUUCAUUGCAACCUUCAAGGUGUAACAUAUGAAAUACGAAGAAAUUUUCCAGGGCCCCUUUCCUCAACAGCUUCACUGAUUUAUCUAAUUGUACUGUUAUUGUAAAAGUGGCUCUUUAUCUUAAAAUAUUGGGAUACUUUACACAGAGAAACUGAGGCAGAGGUCAAAAGUGCAGCUGGGAUCUGAGUGGCAGCACUGGCACGAGUGUUAUGUAACCCUCUGUCGCUGGCAUAUCUCUAUCACUUCCAGAAAUCAGCUCAGUUUACAGAGUAAAGAUGCUCUCAUAGAAUUUGUUGUCCUCCAAAGUUAUAUCUGAAAGUUGAGCUGGAAUCUGUCCUACUCAUGUCAUAUUUAGCACAAUAUUUAAUUGCAUAACAUACAAUAAUAUAUCUCAUAUAAUAAAGACCUUUCAGUCUUCCUAAAGUUUGAUAAAGCUUUCCAGUGAAUCUUUUAGUUACAUUCCAAGUCCCUGAGCUCUCAAUGGCAAAGACAUAUUGUAUUGGAAUUAAAUGAUUCCAUGGAGAAUAUGCAGUGUAUAAUAUGAUACAAUCUAAUACUAUCCCCACUCUUCUACAUCUAUUUUAAGUAUUUCCACUGCAUGCCUCACAAGGUGGUACAGCUGCUGUAUUAGGAAACUCUUAAGAAAAUACCCUGUUGGUAUUUGUGCUGUUUUUACCAAGGUGAAGGUGAGCUGCUGAAGCAAACUGGAAUGCUGGUUAAGCACCUGUUAGCACUUAAGGUACUUAUUUGGUAGUCUGGUAGUACUUUACUGAGAGCACUGUGUUACUAGCUAUUUUGAUGAACAUCCUAAUAAAUUAUUAUCCAACAUCAAAGAAUUCCACAAUUCUUUUAUUGCUGUUCUUUGUCUUCUAUUGACUGAUGCCCCUUCUUUCCCUUUUGUCCCAGUAUUAACAGUAAUGUUAUUAACAAGUUUUGUUCUUUGUUAGGCUGAUGUGACCUUUAAGUGAGAAAAGUUUAGAAUUAUGUAUCAGAUAUUUCCUGAAGUACAUUUCUUUUCAAACCAACUUACUAGGUUAUUUUGACUACUUUUCCAUUUGGUACUGCUACUUUUUAUUAAGACCUGUUUAUAGAACUCUGCAAGAUAUACAGUGAUACAUA